AUGUCUGCUGCCAGCUUUGUGCUUACUGAAGAUCAGUUCCUGUGCUCCAUCUGUCUGGAUGUCUUCGCUGAUCCUGUCACCAUACCAUGUGGACACAACUUCUGUAAAAAGUGCAUCUCUAGACACUGGAAAACUAAAGCCUCGUAUCAGUGUCCCAACUGCAAAGAGGGUUUCUCCACCAGACCACAGCUGAAGGUGAACACCUUCAUCAAGGAGAUGGCUGCUCAGUUCAGACAAUCAGCUCAGCAGAGAUCCAGCAGCUCAGAGAGACAAGUUUCCAAACCAGGAGGCUCAGGGCUGAUAUAUAAAGGAAAGAAGGAAAAAGUGGCUGAAAUUCAGCGGAUGAUCCAGAAGAGACGACUGAAGAUCCAAGAACUCAAACGCUCAGUGGAGCUCAGUGAUGAGAACGCAGACAGAGAGAUAGCAGAAGGUGUCCAGGUCUUCACCGCUCUGAUAGAAACUGUGCAGAGAAACCUCAACAAACUCAUGGAUUCAGUCAAAGAUAAGCAGGGGAAGACACAGAAAAGGGCCGAAGGCUUCAUCAGAGAGCUGGAACAGGAAAUCUCUGAGCUGGAGAAGAGAAGUGCUGAGGUGGAGCAGCUCUCUGAAGACCACCUCCAACUCCUCCAGAAAUUCACGUCUCUGAGCGCUGCUCCACCCACCAAGGACUGGACUUCGGUCCAAGUCCAUCCACCUUCAUAUGAGGGGACUGUGGUGAGAGCUGUGAAGCAGCUGGAGGACACCAUCAGUGAACAGAUGAAGAAGCUGAUCCGUCAGUUGGAGCUGAAGAAGAUCCAGCAGUAUGAGGUGGAUGUGACUCUAGAUCCUGAUACAGCGAGUCCCAAACUCAUCCUGUCUAAAGAUGGAAAACAAGCCAAACAUGGAGAUUCAAAGAGGAAUCUCCCACAAACUCCAGAGAGAUUUGAUCUUUGUCCCUGUGUCUUAUCAAAGCAGAGUUUCUCCUCAGGCAGGUUUUACUACGAGGUUCAGGUUAAAGGGAAGACUGACUGGGAUUUAGGAGUGGCCAGAGGGUCGAUCAACAGGAAGGGAGACAUCACACUGGCUCCUAAGAGUGGUUUCUGGACGAUAGUUUGCAGGAAUGAAAAUGAGUACAACGCUUGUGCUGGUCCAUCAGUCCGUCUCUCUCUGAGGUCUCAUCCUGAGAAGGUGGGGGUGUUUGUGGAUUAUGAGGAGGGUCUGGUCUCCUUUUAUGACGUUGAUGCUGCAGCUCUGAUCUACUCCUUUACUGGCUGCUCCUUCACUGAGGAACUCUACCCGUACUUUAGUCCCAGCCCUACAUUUGGUGGGAGAAACAGCGCCCCUCUGGCCAUCUCUGCUGUCAAUCAAACUGAGUAG